AUGGAAUUAAUAAAUUCUGGGAUUGGAAUGAAAUUUUUGGAUGAUUUACCAAUAUGGGGAUUUGUUGGUGAAACUGAUAAAGUUUCGGGCGAGGUAUUUUUAUAUGCUCACAGAGAUUUCGUUGUCAGUUACAAUGAGGAUAAGAUUAUUCAAGUAAAACUUGAAAGUAACAAUCCGAUAAAAUUGUAUUGGGAAAAUCAGGAUCUCCCAAUAAGAUUUUCUUACUCAGUAAAUUGGAUUGCUACAGAUGAUCCUUUUGAUGCUAGAUUUGACAAAUUGUUAGACAUGGAAUUUUUUGAACAUAAGAUUCAUUGGUUUUCUAUUAUCAAUUCAUUUGUUAUGGUUAUAGUUUUAACCGGAUUUGUAAGUUUAAUAUUGGUAAGAAUGAUCAAAAAAGAUUAUGCAAGAUAUGAUAAAGAAAUAGAAAUCGGUGAUUUGGAUCACGAUAUCGGAGAUGAAUAUGGUUGGAAACAAAUUCAUGGUGAUGUCUUUCGUGCACCGCGUUCGUUAUUAUUAUUCUCGGCAUUGAUUGGAACUGGACAUCAACUAGUAUGGUUGACUUUAGUCAUUAUUCUACGUGCAACUAUUAUGACAGCUUCAAUUUUUUUUUAUACUUUAACAUCAGCUGUUGCUGGUUAUACAAGUGCUAGCAUAUAUCAUCUUUACGGAGGACGAAAUUGGAUAAAAAAUGUUAUGCUUACUGCUACUUUAUGGCCAGGAACAGUCACCAUAAUCACAGGAUUAAUAAACUCAAUUGCUGUCUAUUACUCUAGUUCAAGAGCAAUACCAUUUACUAUUAUGUUGGCAAUGUUUGCAAUUUGGUUAUUCUUAGUAUUUCCGCUAACGCUAUUUGGAGCGAUUCUUUAUAGAAAUUGGACAAGUCAGCCUGAUUUUCCAUGUCGUGUUAAUCCAAUACCAAGACAAAUACCGGAAAAGGUUUGGUAA